UUGACCGCUCUCAGCUUCCUCUCUGUUUGUACGAUACAAUACAAAAAUUUACUCAGGUUUGACAGGCUUUAUAUUACCUCAUCGAUAACAUCGGUAGUUCAUGUGCACGGUUGUAAAGAGAGCGCUUCGCACUUUGCUCGGCUAAAAGCGCGGUCCAUGACUCCUCUCCUUCUCUCUGAUAUGUAAAUACAUGGGCAAAAUAGUAGAGUCGGAGGGGGCUGCCCGCAACUGUCAGUUAAAAUUGAAGGGGGGAAAAGUUUUCUCUCUGCGAGUAGCAAAACUUUUUAUGUUGCGUAGGGAUAAGUUCAAUGUGAAUGAGGUUAUGGAUAAUUUUGCAUGGACUCGCCAACUCCAUUGUCCACCAGCAAUAUGCAACAAUAUGAUAAGAAAAAGAUUGAGCAAAGGAGUACUGGAGCUCCUGUGGGAAGAUAUUUCUCCCUCUAUGUUGCCUAUGGCCGAGGUACAAAAAAUAAGAAAGAACAUUUUGUUACACAAACUGAAACAUGGAUUGAAUGAUUCCACAAUUGAGUCCGUGAAGGAUUUGAAACAAUUGAGAUCUAACAAGGACGUAUUGCAACAUCAGAUAUCAGUGAUGAGAGAAAAUUAUGAAGAUCUAGAUUAUAAUGUUAGGCAGAAGAUGCAGCGAUUAAAGGACAUAAGAACUAAACGUUCUAUGAUCAGUAUUAGAAAAGAUUUUCUAAGGUUAAAACUUGAUGAAACUAGCCAACAAUUGAAAGACUGUGGUGAUAUGAGACAAGUCUGUCAAUGUUUAAUGCCAAGCACAUCCAAGGAUAUAGAUGAGAAUAAAUUGCAAGAGAGUCUGAAUACAAUAGCAAGUUUGCGUUCAGCACCAGAUAGGAAGCAAAUCUGGAAAAAAAUAUCAACUUCUCUUGGUAGCAUCGACACACAUAUAUUAUGGACACACUUAUAUCAAGCAUUGUCGCAAGAUCUAGAUAUGCUAAUGAAGUUGGAGAUCAAAGAUGAUACUAGCAAUUUUUCUGCAGUAGGCGAAAAUAUAGAUAUUGGUAUUGCAAGAGUAUGCGGCGAGCAAAUAUGCAUGACGUUGAGACGAGUAUUGUCUAAUGCUAAGGCUAAUAACUACCAGCAAAACAUAAUGGAAAUCAUAGAAUUGAUAGAGUCGUUAUCCGAGGAAGAUGUGAGCCAGUGGUUGACUUUAACAUUGGAAAUAAAGAAGUUAGAGACCGAGCAAGCGUAUCUGGGAAACGAAACGCAGAAACUGAAGAACAAUAUUCAAGACAAUUCGUUGCUUAAUUUCGAGAUAGCUCGCUUAACGACUGAUAUGGAGACAAUCGAUGCGCAGAUGGACGAAUAUGUGAAGAAUAUCCAACAGUCCAUAGCUAUCUUGAACUCCAGUGCGUCGCUUAUACUCAAAAUGAAAGAGAAGUUGCAUUGCGAACUGCAAAAGAUAACGGCGCUGCAGACCGAGGACUAUGAUCCGAAUUGGUUAAAUAACGCGUUGAACGUCGAGCUCGAUAUAUUUCAUAACAGUUUGGAUCUCAACGCCUUGCGAAAAAUAAUGUUGAAAGGAGAUGUAGGCGAAUACAGACAUGCAAUCUGUGGUUUCGACCACACCUCCGUAACGCCGAUCAACCCGCAGAUCAAUUCGAAGAUCAAGUCUUACUUCCCGAUGAUACACACGCCAAUCUACACUCUCAUAGAUUGCUACAAGAAUAUAGUCGCCAAUGUAAAUUACAACAAGUUGCAAUACUCGACACCAACAGAAGAUAUCGAGUGGGCGAUUAAGUCGCCGCGAGAAAAUUACAAUGACGUUAGCCUGGAGCUGCUGAGCUUCUCCAGAAUGGUUUGCGGUCAGGUGCGGGAGGAGAUCGAGAGUUUUAAUGCGACCUUCGAGUCUUGGAUGCGCCAAGAUGUGCAAGAAGCGAUGGCGCUCAUCGAGACGACCGUGGAUGACGUGUCCUUCAAAGACUGGUUACAGCGUUAUACUUUAUUGCUGUAUAUGAUACAAAAGAUCAAAUGAUUCAACUAUCCCGUCAUGGUUCAUCUGUAUAGUAUUAUCACGUCCGAGCAAUUUUUAUACACAUAUGUAAUAUAGACUUUUCCGGUUUGAAGCCGAAUUUGAAGCAUCGCGCUAAUUUGCUGUCCGAGUAAUCGAGCGCUCGGAUAACGCCAAAUCCGAGCAACGCUUACGUCGAAACCCUGCUCACCGAUGUAACGUUUUAACAAAGCCAGAGGAGGCAAUGAUGGCGCCGGUGAAAUGAACAGUGUACACGCGGGGAUAGUAAAUAGACUUAUAUUUUCUCGCAAAAAUACAUCACGUAAUACACGUUAACCAAUUGCGCAGAUUAAUGUGUGAGUUUCGGUUACAAUACGACGGUAGAAAAUUUUCUGUCGACGUAA